AUGUUAUUUGUUACAGUGUUAACAUACCUUUUCUUGCUUGCAUCUUGGUUUGAUGUUGGAUCGGCAAGGUUCAUGGUCUUUUCAUUGUUUAUGUUCAAAUUUUCAGUCAUUGUUCUUGUCCCAUUGAUUAGUAUAAUUUUGCAUCUUCAGUGUCGACUUACCUCUUUGGUUCCUUUAUCAUCACUCAAUGUGGGUUCUUCAAGAUUGAUGAUUUUUUCAUCAGAUGGUUGUGCAAGAUGUUUAAUUCUUUGACUUCCCAUAUCUAAAUUGCCCGUCGUUACUCUUGUUCCAUCAAUAAAGAUUUUGCAUUUUCAGAAUCAACAUAAAACUUUGUUGUAGCAUUUUGGUUUGACGUUGGAUUGGAAAGAUUUUUCAUUGUUUUACUCUCCAUAUCUAAAUUAUCAGUCAUUGCUUGGCUUCCAUCCAAUUAUAAAAUUUUUGUCAUAUCAGCUGGAUCUCCCUUGGGCCUAAGGGGGCCCAGGUAUUGAGAUUAUUUUUUCACCAUGUAAGCUGUACUUUUUAUCAAAGUUUAGAAUACCAUUUGAAUAGCUCAUAUAAUUAUGCUACAUUGAAUCUUUUCAUUAAAAUUUUUUGUGAUUAAUUUUCCAGAUUUAUCUGCAUAAAGAGACGAAAAUAGUUCUUCAGUGGCUUUUGCAAACUGUUGUUUUAUGUUCAUUUUCAUGACAUAUUGGUGAUUUUUUAUUAUUGCUUGGAAAAUCAAAUAAACAAAAAUGAGAACAAUUGAGUCCGAUAUCUCUAGGUGUUUUUUAACAUGACUGACUGAGAUGAAUUACACUGCAAUUUUUAUGUCUUCCUCUGAUAAUAUAAUUGACUUUGUCUUUUUGAUUCUUUUGACAAACAUAAUCAUCGAAUGUCACCAAUUUUGAUUGUUGCCAUCCAAUGAAGAAACCGGUUUUAUUUUUUCAUUGCUCAUUUCAAUCACAUUAUAUCCCACAUCAUUGCUUAUUGGUUCAAAUGUUUUCAUCAAAUUUUGGAAUUUUUUCUGUUCAAUGUUUUUCAUUAUAAAGCAACUUGUAAAUCAUGUUAAGAAGCAAAUUAGUGUUAUCUCCACCACUUGAAGCACAUAUUAGCGUUUCGAAACAUUGAUUAGGCAUGAAAUCAUACAGUUGUUUGUAAUUUGUUACAGUUUCAUCUUUUGUGUCAAAAUUAGGAAUUUUCGUUAUACAAUUAUAUUAGGUAAGUUCAACUGCUAGUUAUACUGUUCGUUAUAUAAUCUUAUUAUACAGAGUUUACUUAAAUGGAAUGAACUUAAAAAACGAAAAACUGAACUGGGUAAGAAUAUCAAUGCAGUUCAAGAGGCCAUUUUUAAUCCUAAAUUUGGCGAACAAACGAGUCAAAUAUCUUUUCAGAAAAUUUUCUUACCAAUAACUGAAAAAUUGGAUGAUUUGACAAAUUUGAUAGCUCUUGCUCUUUUGUUCACAAAAGAAAAGUCAAAAAGAAAAACGAAAUUCCAGAUU